AUGCGGACGUUGCUCUUUGUCUCUGCUCUAUGGGUCGCAUCCGCCUGGGCGCACUAUACCUUCCCUGUUCUCCGGGUUGAAGAUGUAAAUGACCCGAAUUUGAGGUGCUUCGACUCCAAGCGAAAUCACAGUGAAAUUGUGCAAACCUAUGAUGUUCCACCCGGCUCCGAGAUUGGGUUCGGAGCAGGUGACGGAGGGAUGCAGUAUAUUUUCCACCACAGUGUGACAAACGUGUACAUGGCGGAGGCUCCCAAGGGCAUAGACGUUCGGGAAUGGGAUGGAGAUGGCCAAGUCUGGUUCAAAGUUCAUGAAAUCCCAAUGGAAACUGAUGGGGGCAACUAUGUCUGGUUCCCCUCGAAAGGUAUUGCCUAUUCUUUUCCAACAUACACUCUCGUCUUGACAUCCACUGACGUCCAAAGCAUCGAUUUUACCCUUCCUCCUUCUCUCCCGCCCGGUCAGUAUCUUGUUCGGAUGGAGAAUAUCGCCAUUCACUACGCCAUGAACUUCGGGGGUGCCCAAUUCUUUCUCAGCUGUGCACAGAUAAACAUUCUCGAAAGUGAAGAGGCGAACAACUCGACCGCUCAACCUGGUCCUUUGGUGGCUAUUCCCGGGGUAUACAAUGGCAGGGAGCCAGGUAUCCUCAUCAAUAUCCACAAUCCCAUUCCAAAGGAGUACAUCCAGCCAGGCCCGCCAGGAAUUUGA